GAUUCUAGUCCAGAGUUUGCAGCGGUCCAGUGGGGCUUGCAGGUGGCAUGGAGGCUUUUGUGCACUUCACCAACCAGACGCAGGGUCGGGAGCGACUGUUUCGAGCAACUCAAUAUUCAUGCAUGCUGCUUAGCUAUAUUUUAGAGCGUAAGACUCACCGGGAGAAAGUGAUUAUGAAGCUCAAACUUCUGGAAUCGAGCAUGAGCUCAGGACGCAAGAUGUUUCGGCUUGGCAAUAUCGUGCAUGCCAUAGUGGCAGCCCAUCAAGCUUCCCUGUUGCCCCAUGCCAUUCCUCGCUUCUGCCUGACUGCCUCCAAUGUGAACCGGGCUAUGUACUUCGCCUGUGACACUGUCUUGUGGGUGCAGAGCGCUGGGCUCCUCUCGGAGAUCAACCAGAAGAAGUGGCGCAACUGGGCGACCAAGUGUUACUACUAUUCCCUGGUGAUAAACCUGGUCAAGGAUUUUUACGAGCUCUGCUGGCGCAUGAAGCAGACAGCAUCCAGCCAGGCUGAAAGGCCUGAAAAGACCUUGACUCCUGGCAGGCAAAAAUUUCAAAACAUGGCUUUCCUGGCCAACAGUGAGCUACAGACUUUUCUCCUGCUUGUAUUCCUCACGUUAAGGAACUAUCCACCCCUUUUGCUGGACACGGUGAAGAACCUUUGCGAUAUCUUUAGUCCAUUGGAUCGUCUGGGCAUCUACAAGACCAACCCUGGAGUUAUAGGGCUGUGUGGCCUGAUCUCCUCCCUGGUGGGAAUCCUUACUGUGAUGAGGCCGCAUUUAAGGUUGAAACACUGAGCUUCUCUCAGGACUCCCCUUUUGCACAGUGGCGUUUCACACACCUUGUGCAUAUUGGCUUCCCUUCGUUGAUGAUGGAGUUUUGUUCUUCUUACCCCUAGCUGAAUUCUUUCUUCUUGACCUGGGUUAAGUCUGGAGAGGGAUAAAGGGCCCUUCACUGAAGAUCUUUCUCCAGCUAUGCAACCAAAGAAGCAAAACUCACACUACUCAAGAUGUGUCGGUAUCGAGCCUUGGUGAGGAGCCAGUCCGUUGUUUAUUCUGGGAUAGAGAGCAGCAGAUUUGAAAUUAAUUUGAAAGAGAAUGGCCUUCUCAGAUUAUGUAAUCCCCUCUCCCCUGCUUUAUAAGGUUUUAUUGGUGAUAUCUGGGAUGAAUUCCGGAGCUUAACAAACCUUCUUUAACCAGAAACAUUAGACUACAUGUUCACAGGCAGCCAAAUUGCUGUCUCUAGCUAACUGUUAGUUAUUUUUGUUUCUGGUCAGACUGUGAAGUUUUUUUUUAGGCUUUUAGUUUUUAUGCCACGCUCAUUCUUUUGCCUGUGAAAUCAAGAUGAGCAUGUGUUCAUCAAAAACACAUUUGAUCCCCCGGAAGAAGGGUAUACAGUAUUGGAGCAUUGUUUUCAGGUGCUAACUGUACAGUGGAGAUGAGGGUGAAGUGUUUUUGUGUGUGUGUGUGUGUGUGUAUUUGUACUUUAUGCAUUGCUAGAAAUGAGACCAUUCACCUUGGUUGGCAGAUGGGACUAACUAUUGUGCCUUUUUCUUCAGCAUUCCGAUUCUCUCUGAAAUAAGUGCAAUUGUACUUGGUUGAGGGGAAAAAUAAAAGAAUAU